AUGGAGCAGGUCUCGGACCAUCGAGCCCGAGGUCCGGUGCGCUAUCAACUGUGCAGCAAAAGCAUGCUCGAUUUCCGCGCUUAUAAACCCAGGGUCGUAACACUACUCUCUCCUUUCAAAGAGCGCGUCCUCGCGCUAGCCUGCGACUCUACGUCUUACAAGAACGCGCUCACCGGCCAAGCACACACACUGUCGUGGAUGCAAGGUCCGAUCAAUGUAAUGAAACAGCAGAGAGCAGGUCUCGAACCUUCGAGCCCGAAAAAUUCAUUUGCUGCAACAGUUCCCCAUUUUAUUGAUUACCUGAAGGACAUCCUGCGGAGGUACCCUGAUGGAGGACAGAUAUUAAAGGAGCUUAUCCAGAAUGCUGAUGAUGCCGGGGCGUCGGACGUGGUGUUCCUCCAUGAUGAGAGAUGCUACGGCAGCCAGAGCCUCAAGACUGAAGGUUUGGGAAAGUACCAAGGUCCUGCACUGUAUGCCUUCAACAAUGCAGAGUUCACAGCAGAGGACUGGGAGGGAAUCACGACCACAGGCCGGAGCAUCAAACGCAAAGAUCCAAACAAAGUUGGCAGGUUUGGGAUUGGAUUCAACUCUGUCUACCACAUGACAGAUGUGCCAUCCAUAUUCAGUUCCAAGUACCUGGGCUUCCUGGAUGCUCAGGACAAGCUGUUUGAGGAGGAUGGAGGCUUCCGGUGGUGUCUGGAGAACAAGGAAGACCAGAUAACUCUCCUGAAUCUGCAGGAUCAGUUCCAACCAUUCAGAGAUGUUGUCGAACUAGUCAGUGGCCAGAGAUGGAAUGACAUCAUCCAGGAGGAGUAGCACUUUAAAGGGACACUCUUUAGGUUUCCUCUGCGCAGUGAGGCCUCAGAGAUCUCAGAUAACCUGUAUGACUACCACAAAGUAGUUCAGCUUUUCGAGAGCUCCAUUGCAGAUGCAGACAUAAUCCCUCUGUUCCUGAGGAACGUGUCAUCAGUCUCUUUGCAGCACAUUAACACGAACCUGUCCGUCAACACCCGGCUCUCAGUGAGCUCAUCCAGUCCCACAGCUGAUCCAACUCUGAGGCCCAGGAGUGAUUCAAACAUCAAGGGCUCAACCUGCUUCAAAACCAUCCCAAAACCAUACCUCCAACAGACAAAGACCAGGUGGCUUGUGACAACAUGUUGCAUGAAAGACGGAAAUGUACCAAAGCUAGAUUCACUUGCCAAGAAGCUAAGUUUCCGCCCUCAUGUUGAUUUGGCGUUUCCGUGUGGCCAGGAGAAUGUCCUGACUGAGCGCAGACUGAGCUGCUUCCAGCCCCUUCCUAACAAGGACUCCAACAAGACUGGACUCCCGGUCCAUGUGAAUGCCUGCUUCGGCCUCACUGACAACAGAAGACACAUCAAGUGGCAGGAGGAAGACCAGAAGUAUGAUGAAGCUGCAAUGUGGAACGAGCUGCUGGUGAAGGAGGUUCUCCCUCACACAUACCUCCUGAUGCUGCAGGAUGCCACCAACCUAGCCAAGACCACCACACUCCCCGUCUCAGCUGUGUACAAGAUCUGGCCAGACCUCAGUCAGACCAGAGACAAAUGGCAUGGGAUUGCUGAGGACAUUCUACAACGUCUGUUUAGACAGAACACUGCGGUCUUCUCUCUAGCUGAAGACAAAAAACAGUUUGUUUCUCCUGCCGAGUCUGUGUGUCCAUCCAAUGACCCCAAGGCAUCUGAAAUGAUGGCUGCCGUGACCAGGACCUUGAUUGCAGGAGGAGAAAAGCUUGUCACCUUCCCAGAUCAUGUCUCCAGAGCUGUCCAGCAGGCUUUCCCAAACCGUAACACUCUGAAAUGGGUGACUCCAGCUCUUGUAAGGGGUGUUCUCCACAGAGAUGCCAUGUCCAACCUCUCCAUCGAUGACAAACGGUCUCUGCUGCAGUUCAUCUUGAGCGAUGAGAAAUACCACAACCUCAGGGAUCUGAAGAUGCUGCCUCUCAGCGACAGGACUUUCAAAACAUUCACAAAUGAAGAGAAGGACAUUGCUCUUAUUGACAAUGAUUCAUUUCCAAUAGUGCUGCUGCCAGGUUACAAAGCCCUGUUUCUGCCGGAUGAUCUCAGCGACACUAGCAUCCACCAUUUGAGGCAACUAGCUAAAACAAAGAAAUUCAACGUAUUCAAUGUGGAUGCUGACAUCGUGGCUACAUUUGCCAAGAAGAGUCUCCCAAAGGACUGGGAACAGACAGAUGGUCAUGUCACCUGGAAGGUAGGGAGUGGCCAGCACCCACCCUUGAGGUGGCUCAGAGAGUUCUGGAAAUGUCUCAACACUCACUGGGGAUAUCGGAGAUGUUUUGAAUGCAUGCCACUGAUACCCAUCGAGCCUCUUCACGAUACUAGCCAGUCUGUCAAACUUGCAAGACUACAACAGAAUCCAACCACAAUUUUUCGGGAAAGCAAACAAACCAUCUUAUCAGACAAAAUCGAGAAAGUGAUAAAUAGUGUUGGGGGAACAGUGGUGAACAGAGAUAAAUGCCUGAAGCACCGAGAUCUUGACUCGUACGUACUACCACCAUCGCCUCAGAACAUUCUACAGGUGUUCAUGAACUUAGCUGCCAGUCAGGUCAUCAGUGGAAUCAGUUCUGCUCCUCACCAUGAGAAAGAAGAACUCAAAGCCUACCUAUCUAAUCUGAAUCCUCUCACAGUCCAGGAGCGAGAUCUGCUCUCAAAGAUGCCUCUCUUCCAAUCAAUGGCCAGAGAAUACGUUGCCGCCCUAUCCAAGCAGGCGGUGGUUCUGAGUUCCACCCCAGCUCUCCCCACAGAGCUCCCCAUGCUGCAUUCCAUUGUCCGGUGUGCAACUGAGGCUGAUCGCAAGCUCCUAUUGUUGCUCAAGGUUGAUCUCCUGGAGACCGCCCAGGUGGCCAUUUAUUUGGUUGAUGGAGUUGAGAGGAAGUCUUUCAAGAAACAAGAGACUGAGAGAAUCAUGACCUGGAUUUUACAGCAUGGCAGUAUCCUCUUCUUACAGAAUGGGACCUUGUACAGAAAAUGUAAGGAUUUGAGCUUCAUCGAAGUAGAUGGAAAAUUGAAGAAGACUUCCAGCAUUUUUGAUCCAAACAAUAAAACCUUCCAAGUCCUUUUUGAAAGAGAUUUUUUCCCUCCAGCUGUGUUCACCCAGACUCUCCAGAUGCUUGACGGCUUAACACGUAUUGGAUUGCAUACAAAGGAAAUGGAAGUCUCAGCAGACAACGUGUUGCAUAUUGCCACCCAUAUUGAGAAAUCACGUGUUCACUCACAAAGGGCUUUCAAAAAGGCAGAAGCACUUCAAAGACUAUUGAAUGACAAUGACUUGCUUUCCCAGUUCUCUCAUCAGCAGCUGCAGCACCUCUCACAGCUGCAGUGGGUCCCUUGUGAGAAUCCUUGCAUCACGAAAGAAAAGAACAAGCGGAAAAGUUUCUAUAAGCCAGAGGAGAUACGACAUUCGGAGUACAAGAGCAUUGUAGGAGAGAAGAAGACCGUCAAGGUCAAUAUCCCUGUGCCGGUCAUGGCAGGGAGUCAGAGAUUUACUCUGCAACCUCCAGAGUUAAUUGGAAUAGAGCAGUGUGGGCAGUCAGAACCCAUAACUCUGAGGAUCAAGAACAUCCUGAAGGAGUAUGAUGAAGAGAAUGACAUAUUCAAAGAGCUCAUUCAGAAUGCAGAAGAUGCUGGAGCAAACACCUGUAAGUUCAUGGUGGAUUUCAGAGACCACAAAGACCCAGCGGACAGCCUCAUAGACCAAGGCAUGUCCCUCUGUCAGGGACCAUGUCUCUGGGCCUUCAACGACGAGCUCUUCACUGAGGAUGAUUGGAAAAACAUUGUCAAACUCGGAUCUGCCUCAAAAGAAAACAAGGUUGAAAAAAUAGGGAAGUUUGGACUUGGAUUUAAUGCUGUGUACCAUGUGACUGAUAUUCCUUCAAUCCUCAGUGGCAAGGGGCUUCUGAUACUUGACCCAAAUGGUACACACCUGCAAAAGCAUGCAAAUACUGGAAUCAAACUGGACUUAUCUCGGGAGCAGCUUCUGCACAGGUUUCCUGGACAAUUCAGACCAUAUGAGCGCAUUUUUGAUUGCAAUCUUUCAAAAAAGAGCACUCAGAAAUUCUACCAGGGCACGCUCAUUAAACUACCUUUCCGGACACGAGAGGAGGCUGUCAAGUCAGAAAUCAGCGGAAAUGUGUAUGACAGCGAUGGCAUAGUGAAAUUUCAACAGAAACUGAUCAACUCACAAACUCAUCUCCUCUUUCUGAAGAACAUCAAGAUGGUAUCUCUUCAAAACCUCCCGAGCGACGGUUCCACUCCUCCUCAAGAUGACCAAAUUGAGACGCUUUUCACUGCCACCAGAAAAGUUGUGAGCACAUUCAAGAUUCCAGAGGACACUCCUCCAGGAACGAUGCAGAAUGAUGCUCUGAAAUCUCUGAUGAAGCAAUAUGCGAAAUGCCAAGAGGUCAUUGACUGCCAUAGCGCCAACAUAGCAGAACUAACUCAACAACAUUGUGAUGGAUCUGAUGUCCAGUUUUGGCUUCUAUACAAUUGCUUUGGGACACAAAAUUCUUUACAAAUGGUCCAGACAGACAACAAGCAUACAGUGUUCUCCUUGCCAAUAGGAGGUGUUGCUGUACCAUUAAACAAAGAACCACAGACUGGGAAAUGGGUCCCAGGAGACACCAAACAAGUUGGCCAGGCUUUCAGCUUCCUCCCCCUCUCUGUUGCCACAGGGCUCCCGGUGAACCUGAAUGGAUCCUUUGCUGUGACCUCUAAUCGGAGAGGUCUGUGGGAGAGUGGAGUGAAAUAUGACUGGAAUAGAGCUCUCCUGCAGGAUGCUGUUACAACUGCAUAUGUCACUACACUACUAGUGUUGAAGAAUAUGUCAAAAAAUGGAGACCUUCAACGUUACCCGUACUACACCUUUUGGCCCAAUGAAAAGAAUGUGAGCAAGACCUUCAAACCCCUGGUUGAUGAAUUUUACUUUGCCAUCACUCAGCACUUCUCUGGCAAAGCUCUGGAGCUCUUCAGUGACGGGGACAACUGGUGCUCAAUGUGCAAUGCCAGAUUUCUGCACCCAACCAUUCAAGAGGACAAAGCUGUAGGAGAGCUUGCAAUGAAGACAGCAGAAAGAGGGCCAGGUGACGCUGCCACCAUGUGUGAGACAGCCUUUGGCAGCAUUGAGAUCACCUGCUGCAAGAGCCUUGAAACAGUGCUUUGGCUUGGCCAGGAGUUACUGAGUGGCACCACUGCUGCCACACAGCUGUAUGUCAAAAAGGGACAGCAAGGUUGCACCUUCUACCUAAAACACAACAACGACACAGCCCACAAAGUGAAGAGUUAG